UGAGCAGUGCAUUCAAAAUCUGAGAAAACGGUGGUGUUUCUUUAUGUCGGUAACUCAAAUACAUGUGACUUCUCACAAGUGGGUUGAGGCUGGGGAAACCUCAUCGAGUUCGUCGUGCUCCGGGCUCUACUACCCAGCCUACUAGAACCCUCGCGGAAGUACUGACGUGUUCACAUCGAGAGGUGGCUAGUUUAGCUAGCUGGGUAAAGCCGGGUAGUGACACAGCGGCCGUAUCAGGUAAGGAAGGACAGCCAUUGAUUUUAUUUCACCAGAAUCAAAAUUACACCCAAUAUGAAAUGACGUGUAUUGAUAACCGGGUGGCUUUCUGUAGGAUCGAAUCAUUUGAUGGGAACGAUUUGGUUAAAGCAGAGCAGUUUGAUUUUCACUCUGCUAGCCUGUUAGCUGUGCAGUCGUUGGCAAAGAAGGAUCGUUUCACCGGAAGUGAGUUGUCAAGCGUUUUCACUUCUGGAUGGUAUUUGUAGUUCAGUGAUUUCCCGAUAAUUGAGGAUGGUACGAGGAGAGAGCGGGCCAUAAACUACAUUUUCUUUUGUCCCUCUGUAACGCACGCAUCGUUGGCUUCCUGGGAAUUGUAGUCACACAAGCUACUGACUGAGGUUAUGAAGGGGGACAAAAUCUGACCAUAAACUACAUUACCCACAGCAGUACUGUAGGCCAAAGGGCAACGUACGUGUAGUUGCUAUUUAGCUACUUGGUGGGCUACUUUGUGAGCUAACGUAAGUAACUCAUUCUGUUGUAUACAUGGAAACGUUGUCGUCAGUAAUUACAUCAGGUUAUUCUUUUCGAUCGUGUAGAUGUCGUGUAGUUAAGGCGGAGGCUGUUCUGAUAAAUACUACUUCUUGAGCUGCCUUGCUGUCACCGAUUAGCCGGUUCGCUAAUCAUGCAGCUAAGGUUAGCUUUAACCACGAAUAUCUCUGUGAGCUCUCCCCCUUAGGAUGCCAUCAAAUUCCGAAAACACAUCGUUUACAUUUCUCCAGCAACUUGGCCAGGUGGAAUUUAAGUAUUUAAAACAUGUCCAACAUGAAGCAUGAUGAUGAUCAAUUUGGCCAAUGAAGUACCAACCAUUUCCUCAACGAGUUACCAUCAACAAAGUAUGAAUUAGGAUUUUUUCCACCAGACCAUCUUCAUACUCGGCCUUACUCAUGGACCAUUCACGUACAGUGACCCGACAGUGAUUUUAGCAACUAGAGUCGUCCCUUAUCAGGUUCACCAGGGUCGUAAAGCUCAACACAUUUAUCCCUGAACAUAUUUCUGUUAGUUGGUGCUUUUUUAUUCCGGUUUCGCUGCAGCCACAGUGCAUUUAGACUAAGAACACAUGCUGUAGUUCAUAUAGACGGAACCAUACCCUUCUAUGCUAAUGCAUUUUAUGACAAAAAUCAACUAAAGCAUUAGCAGCAAGAACAACAAUGUUUACUCGUUUUUAAUACCUGAAUUUGCCGAGAGGAGGCAGGUGUGUUUGAGUAUAACAGCAUGCAAAACUGCCUGACUUCCACGUAUAUCAGACCAGAGCUGGGAAAAGGUUACAGGAAAUAGUUUGUAAUGUCCACAGGAGAUGCCAAAGUAAAUCCACAAAAAACACAAAAAGUGCCUCUCAUGAGCUUUAAGUGCAGUAUCAUGAUUACAGUUGAGGCCUGAAAUUGCACAUUUCAUGAGAUACAGUGGGGGUUCUUAUGUAAAUGUUCUUUGUUGUCUGGGGAUUCAAAUUAUUGAUCAAGUUUCAGUUAGAUUAGCGUACAUGUACUGAGAAGUCAAGCAGUACAAGGAUAAUGAAUGCCAGCUGAAGUGAAUGACUGCAAGUGUGAAUCCACUAACACUGUGAACUGUAGGCUUGAACACUUGUGAAACAUUGUCAUUGCCAUGUGAUAGUCACAACAAAUGUGAAUAAAUUCUGCUACAUACAGACUUGCUACUAGUCUUUUACACAAUGCACUGUUGAUCAAUACAUUUUGUUGAUCUUCACUUUCAGAAUGUCAGAAGGGGACAGUGUUGGUGAGUCGAUCCAUGGGAAACCAUCUGUAGUCGCUGCCUUUUUCACACGGAUUGGCCAGGUAAAGUGCUCUUCUCAUAGAUCAUACACGUAAUACUGUGUAAUUUAAGCCAAAAAGUUAAGAUGUCCUAGUGUUUAGAGCAAUCAUUGUGUGUCUCAUGAUCAGUAAGGCUAAAUGCUGUGCUCACUGCAUGUGAGUCAGUGGCAUUUACUUUGAAACUUUGAAAACACUUCUGUACUGGAGUUGAGGUGGACCAGUGCUCCUGCAUCCAGAAUCAAAGUAACUGUCUUAAAGUUUCCCAAAAAUAGCAUCAGGAGUGGAGGCUUACACUGACCUGCAAGCACAGUGUUUAACAACUCUUUGAAGAUAUUUCGUUUGUGAAAUACAGUGGAAUGAAUAAUUGAAGCAUAGUUUUGAAAACAUGUUCGUAGCAUGUAAAGCAGUGUAUAGUUCCACUGUAAAAACCCGCUUUCAGUUUCUUUCAGUUUUUUUUUUAUCUAUUAGACAACAUAUUGCAAUCCAAAUGAUUACUCACAACUCUUAAUGCUUUAUGCUCUUUGAAUGCUUGGUCAUACUCUGUAAAAUUCUGUGUAUAGAUAAUUACAAAAUGUUGUGAUCUGUUUGUAUUUGUGUUUUAUUUUUUAAAAGGUCUAUCAGUCAUGGCUAGACAAGUCAACGCCAUUCUAUGUAGUGCGAUGGGCAUCCACUCUUCUACUUACGGCUGUCUAUAUGAUCAGAGUGUACAUACUACAGGUGUGUUAUGUCUCAUGAAGUUCUUCUUCAAGCUAUUCUGUUUCAAAAUUAUUGAUGUGUGACGUGUCGGAUUUUAUGUGACUGUUUAGGGGAUAGGAGAUGUGGGUCACAACUUAAAAGCUUAAAAUUGCUUCCUGUGUCUAAAUAAGUGUUGUUACUAUUUUUGUAAAGCAUAAUAACUAAUCAGCAUGCAUUUGCAGUUUUGAAAAAUGGUAAUGUUGUUUUGUGUUUCUCUCCAGGGCUGGUAUAUAGUAACAUAUGCUUUGGGAAUCUACCAUCUCAAUCUCUUCAUUGCUUUUCUAUCGCCAAAAGUGGAUCCUUCACUGCUUGAAGAAGGCAAGUAGACUUUUGAAAUCAGCACAGUUUUACCAUUUAUAAAGAUAUCACUUCAUGUAAAAGCAACAUCAUCUUAACAAGAAUGUACAAAACAGGUUUUUGAGUUACAUUACAAGGUUGAGGUAGUUUUAACAGUGAUCGAAGCAGGGUAGACUUUUUAUGCAAUUGUGAAGAUAUUCGAAAGUUCUUCUGUAUUUUGUCAUGUAUAUUUCAUGUUGUUCUAACUUGACCUGACAUUAAAAAUGGACUCAGACUGACAAAAAAAGUGCCACAUCCUCAAAGCCAAAGUUUGAGAAACAAGGCCACAAGAAGGGAUUUUGUGGAAUUAAAGUAGAUCACAACACUGUUUUUUUUUUUUGUUUGUUUAAUCAUUUCUAUCAUUAAUCAUUGCACUUUUGUUAUUAACCCUCUCUUAAAUGUGUCUGGUUGUCACAAUACAGUCUGAUGGCAGAUCAGUUUCACAGUGUGCAAAGUUUUUUUUUUUUUUUUCGUUUAAGUUAAGAUAAAUAAAGUCAAACCUCUUAAAUUCUUUCAAACAAUUAGUUUAUGUAUGUUUUAUUGAUUGAGUAUUCCCUCUUUUUAAAAUUCUUUUCUACAUAACGUAUAUCUCAUGCAGACGAAGGCCCAUCCCUUCCCACCAAGCAGAAUGAGGAGUUCCGCCCUUUCAUCAGGAGGUUGCCUGAGUUCAAGUUCUGGUGAGUCAAAAGAUUAGAUGCAGCCUAUGCUUAAUUCCUAUAGAGCACAUUUGUAAAGGAAAAAAAAAAUCAACUUUAACAGUUUUCGUUUUAGUCUUAUUUCAAUUGAACCUCUAUUUCCCUCCUUUAAACCAGAGACCCUUUCUACAGCCACAUUUCAAAAAUCCAAUUUUCUUUUAAAUGGCUGGUAAAUACACAGUGGGCAAAGACAUAUCUUUUAAACUCCAACAAAGCAUCAACGAAACAGUAUGAUUAUCAGUUUUCAAACCUGAACUCGAUUGAUCUAUGAGUAAUCUUUUUUUACAACAGAAAAAUCCUCCUCACUUAAUUUUUGUUGAUGCACCACAUCUGGGUAACUUUUCUUCUACUUAAAGCUCCACAGUGCACUUUAAAUCAUAUAGAGUUCUGGGUUUAAAGUAAGCCAUCCAAGAGGCAUAUGAGUACUGACCAAAACAGGAGUGAAACUCUUCUUAAAGUUACCCUCCCAAAAAAAAAAAGGGGAAAACUCAUCCAGUUUAGUGGGGCCAAAAUAUUCAGCCCCAGCCUGGCACUGGCCAGUGAUAUACAAGCCUUGGCUCAGACCAACAAAGUCUUAACUUUUUUGGCCCUUCUUGGCUGUGGUGCAGGUUCACCUUUGUACGUAUGUGCUCAAACUCGAUGCAUGACUAUGUACAUUUAUCGAAGGCCUUAAACACAACUACCCACUGUGUGCUAUCAAGAAUUUAUACCACAAAUAGUUUUAUAAUUUUUUUUGUGUCCACAACAGAAUGAAUGUCCCUCAGAUUAACAAUCAAGCCAAGACAGGCCAGCCUAAACAAGUAUUUACUGCCUAUCUGUCUUUGACUUGGAGUACUUGAGCCUGAGAUAGUUCCUGAAAGUUGGUUACAAUUCAGGAUGUUGCCCCAAAUGUGGUUGUAAUGUUCUAACUGAGCUUGUGUUUCUGUCUUUAACAGGCAUUCAGCAACAAAAGGCAUUGUCAUCGCCAUGAUUUGCACAUUUUUCGAUGCCUUCAAUGUGCCAGUGUUCUGGCCUAUACUUGUAAUGUACUUCAUCAUGCUCUUCUGCAUCACCAUGAAGAGGCAGAUCAAGGUAAAGAUGAUGCAUUGAACUGAAAACUAUCUGCAGUACCCCUUAAAAUUGUGGUUAUUUAUUUUUAAAGUAUAAUGACAUGUGUUAAGUAUAAUUUACACCAGACUAUUUCAUAUAAUGCAAGUACAAAGUAGGUAUGACUCGGAAACCGUCAGCUUUGACUAAAGCCUAACACCACAACAUCUGCAAAGGUUAAUCAAUUUAAAGAACUUCAUUUAUGGAUGUCAUUGUUUUUCUGUCAUGUAUUUUCUUGACAAAUGGUGCUUUUUUAUUUUCAAACAAAAUACCCAAGGUCCUUUUUUAAAAUAUCCUCUUAAUCUGUGGGGUUGUAUGGCAGCAGGCAUCCACAAGUGUUACCAAGUAUUACCACCACCUACUGGAUUAUAUUUUUAAUCUGCCUGAGGUGUAGACAUGUCUGACUUUUGCCCCUUUCAGACAAGCACUUUGCAGUAUUUCAGGAACAUUUUGGGGGCUCUCACUUAGAAAUUUACCUGACUGUAUUGUUCACACAGAAACCCUCAUAGUAUUAAGUCUCUCUUGUUGGAUGGAGGGAAUGUGGGUUCCUUGAGGCUGAUCAUCACAUCAAAUGGAUGAUGCAUUGGUCACAAUGUGAUGUUUUACAACCCUGUUGUUGAUUCAAUCCAGAGAUUCUUUUAUGUAAUACUUCCACAAGUUUAUUAUCUUUCUGUUUUCCCAUCUUGGUCUCUGGAAUAUUUGUCCAGUUGCAAAUCCACCUCUGUGCUAUUGCUAAUGUUUGCAGUAUUUUAUUUAAGUAAGGACAAGAAAGCAGUCAAACAUAGACUUUAACUUUUUUUUUUAAACCUUUCUACCAACGUACUGACUAAUCAAACAUCCACUUAUCAGUAGAUGAGGGAAAUAGAUGUACAAGAGAGUAUAAGACCACCUCAAGACCUUUUACAUUAUUUUUACUGAGUACAUGCCACUCUUCCAGCUUCAAAAUGGUGUUACAUAGAAAAGUGUUUCCCAAUGAGCUGUGCCACUAGGUGCCAAGCUUUCCAUUCAUGUGAAUACUAUUUGAUUGAGAACACCAGUGUAUCGAGGUAAGCUUCUCCUGAAAUCUAAAUGGAAUUUCCCUCUGGGAUCAAUAAAGUUCUUGUUACCUUAUCCUAGAUGGCAUAUAAUGUAAUAAAGUAUCAAAACAUACAUCUCUGAAAAUGCAAAUAGACAGAGUGGUGAUGUGAUAUGAGCAAUCCUGUACGGGGAGCAUCACCAAACUUCACCCCAAAAUGAUACUGGGGGGCUAGCAGGAAUAUAUUCAAGGCAAAGUCGCAGUGAAAAAAACAUUCCUGGUCACCCAUAAAGCUCAUCCAGGUACUUUGGGGAACAUUUCAGGAACUGUUUGCAUGUCUGAAAGGGGGAAUUUAGUUCAAAUGUUUGGUAAGGCUCUGGAGAUAUGUGACAGUAAUUCCUCUCUUUUUCUCCCCAACCUUCUCUAGCACAUGGUGAAGUACAGAUACCUACCGUUCACACAUGGGAAGAGGACAUACAAAGGCAAGGACGACACAGGGAAAACUUUUGCUAGUUAAGAUCUCCCACUUCCCCUUCCCCUUCUCCUCAUUUAAAAUUUAUCUGUCACAGCCAUUUAGGAGGGACAAGGUUAGAAUCAUUUUUUUUUUUUUUUGUAAGAGGGACAGUAAUAUGAAAAGAUAACCUUCAAAAAAGUUUUGAUCCAUGGUUCACAGUGUUGGAUAAGGAUAUGAGCAGCUAGGAUCAAAUUAUUUUGCAGAUUUGCCUUUCUUUGUCAAGGGGUAGGAAUAUUUUUUCUUUUUUCGGACCACUAUCCCAGUUUUAGGAUUGGUCGGCAUUUGUUCAGUAGUAGGUGAAACUGAGUGCUGCCUUUUGCCUUUUUAACCCCAAGGGGUAAGUAUAAAAACCAUCAAGAAGGAACCACUCUGAAAAAUACAGUGGAAUGGAUUUUAUGAUCUAUUUUUCAGCGAUGGUGAUUCCAGCACAUUUCCUUCUCUGAAGUGAAACCAAUCUGCCAAUUUUUGAUUAAUACAUUGGUACCUACUUAUUUGUAACAAGUUUAUAUGAAAGUCAGUAGUGUUGAUAGCGAAAUAACAUGAGAUAAAUGAGAUGAAACCUGAAGGAAAUGACACUGUCUUGAAGUUCUUUGUACUUAAAAUAGACAGAUUGGAGAUUUAGUCACUGUUCACUUGGAUAUGCAUUCAUACAAAACAAAGAAGAACAUCUCAUCUUGAACUUAAUCAUUUUUUACUGAAAUAAUACAACACCAAUGUUUUCAGUGGGCUUUCAUCUAAUUUGGAAAGUAAUGUCUGUGUGUAACCUGAUACUGAAUCAGGGAUCCAUGUAGGUGAUUAUUAGUGAAUUUUUUUUCCAACCACUCAACACAUCAUUGAAUGCAUUAUUCAGAGUGGGUGUCACUAACCCCAAUCAGUUCAGUCUCCUGUAGCAUGUAGUCUUUGAAUCAGUUUUCCACUUAGAUGCCUGAGUGAAAGAGACAGAGUGCUGUGAGCUUGACCACCCAUGACCUAAAAUCCAAAAUUCUUUGAGGGGACAAUAAGCUCGCGAUGACAACUCAAUUUGUUAACAUUUGUGCAUAGUUGGAAAAAGCACCGUCUCAAAAGUGCAAAGCCAGUAUUCAAGUCAAAUCCACUGCAAAGUCUAAUCUAGAAGAACGUAGCAAUUUUAUAGUACCCACGUGACCUCGGCCCUUUGAAACAUUUAGCCAUCUUUGUCUCAAAACCUGAGGUCCUUUGGAAUUUGUUAGACUAGCUGUAGUAGUCCUUAAUAAUCUGUGUAUACUUUGAAAAAAUAUGGUUAAUAUAGUCAUUCCAAGCAAACUUUUGUUCUCUUUCUUUUGCAGAGGAAACAUAAGAAAACAGAGAUUGAAAGCUUUUAUUAAAAGAAAUGGAUGAAGUGGGUGGCGAACAUGCUUUUUUUCUAUGCCUGUUAAUUUUUUUCUUCAUUUUUGUCAAAAUGCUGGGGAUUUUCUGUCAUCAUAAACUUUGAUCAGCACUGUAGUAAGGGAUCAAAACAUUUUCUGUAUAAAGUUUGUGUUUCAACGGAUUGUCUGGAGGAUUUAUGUAUAUAUAUAUAUUUUAAAAUAUGAAAAAUUUUUGAGAUUAUUUUUAUUUUUGUUUUUUCUUUCAACCAAUAUGUCCAAGUGUUUAAAUCCAUCUCAAUUGAAAAUGAUGAAAGCAGACUGAUUAAUUGGGUUCUUGAUUUGAUAAAUUAAAAUAUGUUUAUAAUGGAUUGCAUGUUAUUGUUUUCUUGUGCUACAGUUAAAACAAAAACUUGAUUUUAAUAAUUUAAGUGUAAUUUUUCACUCCAAAUGCUAUUAAAGAGGCUGUUUCCCUUCUAAAAGUAUA